AAUUGUGUUAGCCCCAACUAUCAGCAGAUGGCGACAGUUUCCUAAACAAAUGGAAUCAUGUCAUUGAACUGUCGAGAAAAUGUAUGAGAUGUGCGAGAAAAUGUAUGAUUGAUACACAGCUAGACAUCCAGGGAAAAUCAUAUGUUCAGCUAGAUGCAUUGAUUUAUUGGGUGAAUCAUCGAUAUUUUAUGGUAAAUAAACGGACAAUAUAAAUGUAUCCGUUAAGACUGAUAUUUCAGCCAUCAACGCCAGGUGGUACUAUAGUUGCCCCUCACUCACUGUUGCAAUGCAUUGUCAAUGUCCUUUGCUUUGUCGAAGCUUAUACCGUGCAUUUUUGCUCUCUAGUGACCAUGGCUGCUGAUGCAGCUAGACAUAGCAAAUAAUCUGCAUUCAUUUAAAUUAGCAUAGUAUCGCCUGACGACACACGUCUUUUGUCAAACGGACUACCUUGGUUAUGGAUGAGCCGGAGCUUCUGCUGGACUCCAAUAUCAGACUUUGGGUGGUCUUGCCCAUCGUCUUUAUCACGUUCCUUGUUGGGGUGAUUCGACAUUAUGUCUCCAUUCUGCUUCAGAGUGACAAGAAGCUGACAUUAGAGCAGGUGUCAGACAGCCAGGUUCUUAUCAGGAGCAGAAUCCUCAGAGAGAAUGGGAAGUACAUUCCGAAACAGUCUUUCUUGAUGAGGAAGUUUUACUUCAAUAAUCAAGAAGAUGGCUUCUUAAAAAAUACCAAAAGGAAGGUUGUUCCUCCCUCCCCAAUGACAGACCCCAGCAUGCUGACAGACAUGAUGAAAGGCAACGUGACCAAUGUACUUCCCAUGAUCCUCAUCGGAGGCUGGAUCAACUGGACCUUCUCGGGGUUUGUCACAACCAAGGUUCCCUUUCCUCUCACCCUGCGCUUCAAGCCCAUGUUGCAACAAGGAAUCGAGUUACUCUCACUUGAUGCUUCCUGGGUGAGCUCAGCGUCGUGGUAUUUCCUGAAUGUGUUUGGGCUGCGAAGCAUGUACUCCUUAAUUCUAGGACAAGAUAAUGGUGCCGAUCAGUCCAGGAUCAUGCAGGAGCAGAUGAGUGGUGCUGCCAUGGCCAUGCCUGCAGACACAAACAAAGCCUUCAAGGCAGAAUGGGAGGCUCUUGAGCUAACUGACCACCAGUGGGCACUGGAGGGUGUUGAGGAGGAGCUAAUGAGCAGGGAACUGGAUCUAGAUGGAAUGUUCAGUAAGGAGUUACCAACGGGUAUCUUCUGAGUGCCAGUUCAUCACUGCAGGGAACCUGCCACUUGGCAAAAUGGUAGUCUUACUUAGAGGCAGACUUGGAGUUUCUAUAGGAAAUGACAGUGUGGAACAAAGUCCCUGGGCUUUGAUGAAAAAUGGAGAUGUAAUGUCUAAAUUCAUUUAACUUACGUUAUUGUCCAUUUCAAGUUUAAUUGGAGAUAGUACCAAGUUCAAUUUCUAAUUGUAACUAUUUGAAAGAUUCGCCUCAGCUACUCAUGACAAAAAAAGGAUAGCAUACAUAAUCUAAAAACUGACAUGUUGUAUACUGUCAAAAACAAAAGGUCAAUGAGCAUGUGUUGCACCACUUUGUUUUUAAUCAUGUUUACCUUGUAUUCUCAGAUUCCACCUACAAUGCCUUCAGAAAGUAUUCAUACCCCUUAUUCCAUAUUUGUUGUUAUAGCCUCAAUUAAAAAUGUAUUACAUGGA